GAGCGAGGGAGCAAGAUGGACGCGGGAUUCUUCCGUGGAACAAGUGCGGAACAGGAUAAUCGGUUCAGCAACUAGCAAAAGAAACUCCUCAAGCAACUGAAAUUUGCAGAAUGCCUAGAAAAAAAGGUGGACAUGAGCAAAGUAAAUUUGGAGGUUAUAAAGCCUUGGAUAACAAAAAGAGUAACUGAAAUCCUUGGAUUUGAAGAUGAUGUUGUGAUUGAGUUUAUAUUCAACCAGCUGGAAGUGAAGAAUCCAGAUUCCAAAAUGAUGCAAAUCAACCUGACUGGAUUUUUGAAUGGGAAAAAUGCUCGAGAAUUCAUGGGACCUGUACCAGAGCCCAAAGAACCUUCUCCAGAAAAAAAUUCCAAAAAGGAAAAGGAAAAGACCCGACCAAGAUCUCGAUCACGUUCCAAGUCACGAUCUCGGACCCGUUCUCGAUCACCUUCUCAUACUAGACCAAGACGACGACAUCGAUCCCGAUCCAGAUCAUACUCUCCUAGAAGGCGGCCAAGCCCAAGAAGGCGACCAUCCCCUCGAAGAAGAACUCCGCCAAGACGGCUGCCUCCUCCACCAAGGCACAGGAGGAGUAGGUCUCCAGGGAGACGAAGGAGGCGUUCUUCCGCAUCGUUGUCUGGAAGUAGCUCUUCGUCCUCUUCAUCUCUUUCCCGGUCACCGCCAAAGAAGCCUCCCAAGAGGACAUCUAGCCCCCCUAGAAAAACUCGUAGGUUAUCUCCUUCAGCAAGUCCUCCAAGGCGAAGGCACAGGCCAUCGUCUCCAGCAACUCCACCACCCAAAACUCGCCAUUCUCCAACCCCCCAGCAGUUGAACCGCACAAGAAAAAGUUGUGUUUCUGCAUCUCCAGGAAGAACUUCGGGUAAAGUGACAAAACAUAAAGGUACUGAGAAAAGAGAAUCGCCGUCACCAGCACCCAAGCCAAGAAAAGUGGAGCUGUCUGAGUCUGAAGAAGACAAAGGCAGCAAGAUGGCUGCAGCUGAUUCUGUGCAGCAGAGGCGCCAGUACAGACGACAGAACCAGCAGUCAUCGUCUGACUCUGGCUCCUCUUCCACCUCAGAAGAUGAGCGGCCCAAGAGAUCCCAUGUGAAGAAUGGUGAGGUAGGCAGACGGCGGAGACAUUCCCCUUCUCGGAGUGCCUCUCCAUCACCUCGGAAGCGCCAAAAGGAGACUUCCCCUCGUGGUAGAAGGAGGAGAAGUCCCUUCCCACCACCAGCCAGAAGGCGAAGAUCUCCUUCUCCAGCUCCUCCUCCUCCUCCCCCUCCUCCUCUGCGGCGCAGAUCUCCCACCCCACCACCGCGACGAAGGACUCCUUCUCCUCCUCCACGCCGCCGCUCGCCUUCUCCAAGAAGAUACUCUCCUCCCAUUCAGAGAAGAUACUCUCCUUCCCCGCCUCCAAAA